GCCACCCCCUUCAAAGAGCGUCCGAUUAGAGAUCGGGCUCUGUCACGCGUGAGCGCGCAGCGCUUGUUCAUGCACUCAGUCUUGUGCAAGCCGCCCAACACAGAGCCACGAUGUCCGACGCUGCUGCUCCAGCAGACAACAACGGGGAGCCUGGAUUAAACGGGUCAUGGGUAGAGCUGGAGAUGAACAGAAAUGCCGCCUCUCUCUCUUCCUCCAGCCCCUCAGUGCCGCCCCCUCUAGCCCAGCUAGUAGAGGAGGAUGUUGGGAUUGUGGGGGGGCUUGAACAUGUUCCCUCAUCAUCUUCCAUCCACAAUGGAGACAUGGAAAAAAUCCUGUUAGAUGCCCAGCAUGAAUCCAGCCGCAGUAACUCCUCAUGCGACAGCCCUCCUCGACCUCACAGUCCUCAGGAUGAAGGCCAGAUCAUUUUCGAUGUGGACGUGAGGAGGGACAGUCAGGAGGAAGUGAUGGAGAAGAUCAGAGAUGAUGACAUCUUAAUGAAGGAUUCAGACCGGGUGGCAGACUGGUCAAGUAGGCCAGAGAAUAUUCCGCCUAAGGAGUUUCAUUUCCGGCACCCGCGGCGUUCAGUGACUCUCAGCAUGAGGAAGUCAGGAGCCAUGAAGGAAGGAGGCAUCUUCUCUGCGGAGUUCCUCAAAGUGUUCAUCCCCUCACUGCUUCUGUCCCACAUCCUGGUCCUGGGUCUCGGGGUCUACAUUGGGAAAAGACUGACAACUGCCUCUGCAAGCUCCAUUUGAACACAGAUCUGAUCGAGUGCCUCAGGCGUGACACGGGUGGAUUAGGGAGAAGGUGGCAGUUUUUAUGAAGAAGCCUCUGCUGCCCUUUCUGCUCCUUUACUCUUUUCAGCCACCUUUCUUCCCUUUUUAGUGGUUCCUUUAUUUAACCUUUCCAGGUUGAGAAGUAUCAGGCCCUUUUUUUUCCCUCGUUUAUAAUUUUCUGUUUCUCUUUUCCAGUUCUGAAUGUUCUAACACCCCCUUUGAGUUAAUUUUGGAAGUUUUUGCUUGAAACCAAAUGUGCACACACUAGCUCUGCCCUAGCUAGAUUCAGCUAGGAGGUAAAAAGCAUCCCGUUUCGGUCCAAUCACCUGACCCAACAGUGGGCCACUCCCAGGUGAUGAAGAAUCCCCCUGGUUUUCACCCUCAAAAUGGGAACAACCGAAAUAUAUUGAAUUUUGAAGUUAUUUGAGCAUGCCUGAGUGCUAGCUAAGAUUUUAUUUAUUACUACAAAUGCUACCAAUUUUAGUUAUUUUAUUAUGGACUUGGAAGUGUUUUUGGAAAGAUAGGGCUCUCCGUAGACCCCAAACUCUUCUGGUAAAGACAAAAAAAAUAAUAGCUGAGGCAUGAUAAACAUUUAUGACUUUAUCAAAUGCAAUUUUAUAGCAACUUUUCCAAAAUCUUUUACACAACUUUUUUUAAAUACUUCAUCUCAUAAACCUAGAUAAAAACAGUCUGAUGGGGUUGAUGGAUCUCUGAAUGAAAUAAGUGAUUAUUUUACCUGUCCUUGUUUCUAUGUGUUUGUUGUGUCGUUUUGUUUAGUUUUCUUCACGUACAUAUCAGGACCUAGUGAUUUCUCACUAGUGUCUACCUACUUUUCAGCGCCACACAGUUUAUAAUUCGCAUUCAGAGCUGAAAGGAUCUUGCUAACAAGAACAACGGCUUUAGUGUUUUGCCAUGCAGUAAUGGCUGGGUCAGACUUUCUGGAAUUUUGUUAAACAUUUCCAUACUUCCCAGUCUCUUAUUAAUUUAUGUCAUUUCAGAGCUGUUAGUUUGAGGACAACUGUGCAAGAUAAAUUUGUAUCUCCAAUUUAUAGAAAUAAUAUAUAUAUUCUGUCAUUAUUUCCUCAACUUCAUGUUGUUCCAAAAAAUACAUUCUUUUAGUUGUAGAUCACAAAAGAAGAAGCUUUGAACAGUGUCUGUUCCGCUCUUUUCUGAUCUAUGAAGGUUCAUUGAGAUAAACUGGAAAAGGGCAGCUUGGAUUUCUUUAGAAUAUCUCCAUAUACAAAAGGUUGAAUAAUGAUGGCAGAAUUAAAAUUCUUGUUUGAGCUACUAUCCAGGCACACUUACAGUCAUAGUCACGCACAUUUAGUAAACCCGUAUAACUCCAGCACAACAGGUGACUGUUUUUCCAGGACAUCCCAGCGCCCAUCGUUGGGAGCUGAAUUUGUGUAUUAAACCCUAAAGUGAAUUCUCAUCAAGUCUAGUCGAGUUUUUAAGUGUAUUUUGGAUACAAAAAUGUUUUCAUUGGACUUCAUUGUCUACCUGAGGAUCCACUUUCUUCUCGAACACAGCUGCCAAAACUAACUCUUAUGAACUUUGUGCCUCAUUUCCUUCAUAUGUGAUAAGGCGUCCUGUUACCAUUUCCUGCUAUCAUUGUCAUUUGUUGUUUUGCGUCUUGGUGAGCAUAAAUUUUGGGAAGUUCCUCAUAUGCUUUUUUUUUUUUUUUUUUAUCUGGCAAUCAAGGUACAGUAAACUAGAAGAGAAGGUGCAGAUAGAAAUGUUUUAGUUCUUUUAUUUGUGUUGGCAGUUGGAAAGAAGUUCUUCUGACUGUGAUGCAAUGAUGAAAUGAAUUUUAAUUUUAUUGAUUUGACAAACCUUUUUUUUCUCCCCUGCUGGAAAAAGUUUUAAAAUUAAAAGAACAAUCUGCA